UCUGCAUUCAUUUCGCCGACAUAUCCAUCAUGUCUCCUUUGAAAACUCUAAUGCGCAAAACUAGCUACUGGCGAAUACCGAGUGCUAACCUUCACGCCCGAGUUUUGUCUUUUGGAUAAUAAGAUACGUUUUUGGAGAACCUCGCUUAUCUAUAGAGGACCAGACCGUCUGCCAAAGAAAUCACAGAGUUCUUAUCUCCGUUCUCGAAGAGAGCACUACAGUGCAAAUCAAAAGCGAUAUGGAACAGCAACCAAGAGGUCAUUGGAAGGAAACUGUCACGUGACUUCUGGUUGCCAAUGUUCCUUCAGAAGGUCAAAAGGGCCCCAGUAGCUGAUGAGACAUUUCUUGACAAUGCAGAGAAAUACCUACCAAGACGCCAUAGCAAUAUUUGGAGAGUCCCCAUACCAAGGUGCCAGUGGAUUUGGAUCCAAUCAUGACGCACCAGCCCACCAACCCUUGGCCUACCUGGAGAGCCAGAUCAACUUGAAGGAGUUGGAUUGCUCAUCGCAGUCAAAUGGCAACAGCAAAUCACAGCACCCAAAAGAGAUUGACCCUAACUCAAAUUCUACCUUCACUAAAAGCAUAUUCCCGUGGAUGAAGAAGUCGACAAUUCAGAACUGUAUAAAGAACAACGGAGACAAUCCCUUAGAAGUUAAUGAACUAUUUGGUGACGAGGAAAACCCAACAACUGCAGCCUCCAAAAGGGCGCGCACUGCAUACACAAGCGCCCAGUUGGUUGAGCUCGAGAAGGAGUUCCACUUCAAUCGUUACCUUUGCCGCCCCAGGCGCGUGGAGAUGGCUAGCCAACUCAGUCUAAAGGAGAGGCAGAUCAAGAUUUGGUUUCAAAAUCGGAGAAUGAAGUGCAAGAAAGAUGGAAAGUUUAAAGGACUGUGCUCUUCUUUAGGUAGCCCUGGAACUCUUACCAAUCUUGGUUAUAUUAAUGCAAUGGGGGAGGAUUAUGACACUGUUUCCCCGCCAUCUUUAAAGCAUCAACAAAACGAUUAUGUCAGUGCAUCAGUCUAUCCAAACUCAAUGAAAGGGCAACAGAAAUAUGCCACAACCCCAGAAUAUGCUCCUUGCAGUAUGCAGGACAAUGAUAGUAGUUUUUCCAUUCAUUAUGCUCAAGCUGACCCUGUUCAUGUUGAUGUGAACUUGCCAUUCACUGCAUGCGGGAUAAAUAACCAGUGUAAUCAUACUGCACAGAUGACGUCAAGCCAACACCAUCCUAAACCUACACUAUAUGAUCCAAACACAUCAUACCUAUUGGGGCAUCAUUCUUCUCAAGAAUGAAUCAAGCAAGCUCCUAAACGGACUCAUUUAUAGCAUAUGUAGUCAAUAUGUCCCUUGACCAUAAUCAGAUCCUUAGUGGACCGAAUCCAAAGUUCAGGUAUGCACACGUAAAAAUAUUUUUUUGUUGCGCAAAAGGCCAAUUAUUCGCUGUAUCCAAAUGCAUGCAAAUAGUGUUGAGUCAUUACAGCAGAGUUACUCAUAUUUUACUCGAAAAGAGCAGCUUUAACUAUUUUGGGAAUUAAGCGACUGAUUGUGACCACUAGAGUCGGAGGUUAAACACAGAGUUAAUUCGAAUAGAGUGUUUAUAAGUAUUGCUAGAGUCAACGUGAUCCCGCCCACAGAUCAGCACCUGCAUAGGCUAUUCGAUCCUGUUGGACAGUUCUGUUUUUCUAUUUUGAUUUCUUAUCCAUAUAGGAUAAACCUGAAAUUAUUUAAUUAUAUGAAACCACCGGGUAAUGUAAAACAUUGAAUUUAAAUCAAUAUCAAGCAAAAACUUUUCUCACUUAUGUUUUUGUACAAGACUUGACAUUAUGCACUUUUAUAAGUGGAGCAGGUCAUGACCCAACUGUGUGCAUUGGAAUAUUACAAACAUAUUUAUUACAAUGUUGUUUAUAUGUUAUUUAUUAAUUUAAUUUAUGGGAAUGUAAUGUAUUUUGUUAUUUUUUAUCAUAGGGCUUAGUGUUUACAGACAGACUCUUAUGCUUCAGGGACAGUUGAAUCAAUGUUCCUCAAAAUGUAAUUUAAUUGUGAAAUCCUUUUGGAUACCCUUUGAAAUGCAUGUGUAGGCUAUGCUGACGAAUAAUUUCUGUAUAUUGUUGAAUAAAUGCAUUUGUUGUUCAGA